CAUAACCUCAUCAAUCCCAAAGAAGAACGAGAGAAUCAAAACGAUAAAAAAGAGAAGAGAAAAUGUCGGACGUGUGCCCAGAUACUGCAGGUGAAGGGAUGAAGAGCUCAUGGCCUGAACUAGUGGGGAGAAGAGGAGAUGAAGCAAAAGAGAUCAUCGAUAGAGAGAACACUAAAGUGACGGCUAAGAUCAUUUCUGAAAAUGCAAUUGUCUUGGCUGUUAUCGUUUGCGAUAGGGUUUAUGUUCGUGUCAAUGACUAUGGCAUUGUCACACAAACCCCUUCCGUUGGUUAAUCUAAUUAUAUAUGAAGAAUCAAUGUGGAACUUAAUAUGUAACAUAAUAUGUGUGAAAUAAAAUGUGUGCUUGAUUGUGAA